AGAUGGGUGGAUUAUUGAUUCAAGAAAAAAAAAUGUUGCAACGGGCCAAAUACUAAAGAGUGGUAAGUGAUUUGGGGCAGGACAGGCUAACUCAGACGAUUUGAGCGCACAAUUUUAACUCGCCGUUUCAACGUCCAGCAGAAAAUCAGGACCCAUCGGCCACAAUAUAACACACUGUCAGAUGAUGUAAAUAAGCGAGUUCGGGCAAGGCGCAUUUAGUUACUUCGUUACGUAGCAUCCACGCUCGCGACGUAUAAUUGAUAUUCACUGAACUUACGCACAGAGGCUUCUACGUCUUCACGUUCCUUCAAGGAACAGGAUUGGACACCAGAACGCAACUGCUGUGAGACAAGAAGAAGAUGCUGCUACAGGUGGGGGGAAAGCGCUCUGCCCUGGGGCUGUUGGCCAUCAGGAGGGUGUGGAGUAUGAGCCGCUCCGCCCACACCGCUCCCCAGACACUGGAGUACAAACCCAUCAAAAAGGUCAUGGUGGCCAACAGAGGAGAGAUUGCGAUCCGGGUGUUCCGGGCCUGCACAGAGCUGGGGAUCCGCACGGUGGCUGUCUACUCUGAGCAGGACACGGGCCAGAUGCACAGACAAAAGGCAGACGAAGCUUACCUCAUCGGGAAGGGGCUGCCACCUGUAGCUGCCUAUCUACAUAUACCAGACAUCAUCAAAGUGGCCAAGGAGAAUGAUGUGGAUGCCAUCCACCCAGGUUAUGGCUUCCUGUCAGAAAGAGCAGAUUUUGCCCAGGCAUGCGUGGAUGCUGGGGUACGUUUCAUCGGCCCCACCCCAGACGUGGUGCGCAAGAUGGGGGACAAAGUUGAGGCCCGUUCCAUUGCAAUCGGUGCAGGUGUGCCGGUGGUACCUGGAACAGAUGCUCCCAUCUCAUCUUUGCAGGAAGCUCAAGAGUUCUCCAACAGCUACGGUUUCCCGAUUAUCUUCAAGGCUGCAUACGGAGGCGGAGGACGUGGGAUGCGAGUGGUCAGGGAGUAUGAGGAACUAGAGGAGAACUAUCAGCGUGCGUACUCUGAGGCCCUGGCAGCUUUUGGCAAUGGAGCUCUGUUUGUGGAAAAGUUCAUUGAGAAACCCAGACACAUCGAGGUGCAGAUCUUGGGCGAUAAAUACGGCAAUGUCAUUCACUUGUACGAGAGGGACUGCUCUAUCCAGAGGAGACACCAAAAGGUGGUGGAGAUCGCACCGGCCACACAGCUGGACCCACACCUCCGAGACAGACUCACUGCUGACUCCGUGAACCUCGCUCGACAGGUCGGUUAUGAGAACGCAGGCACAGUGGAGUUUCUGGUGGAUAAACACGGCAAACAUUACUUCAUCGAGGUCAACUCCCGUCUGCAGGUGGAGCACACGGUUACGGAGGAGAUCACAGAUGUGGAUCUGGUACACGCUCAGCUGAGAGUGUGUGAAGGUCGCAGCCUGCCCGAGCUGGGCUUGAAACAGGACAAGAUACGGAUCAAUGGCUAUGCCAUCCAGUGCCGUGUGACCACCGAGGACCCAGCACGUGGCUUCCAGCCUGACACGGGAAGACUGGAGGUCUUUCGCAGUGGAGAGGGCAUGGGCAUUAGGCUGGACAGCGCGUCUGCUUUCCAGGGUGCUGUCAUCUCCCCUCAUUAUGAUUCCCUCCUGGUGAAAGUCAUCGCCAGUGGAAAGGAUCUGCCGGCGGCCUCUGCCAAAAUGAGCCGAGCUUUAGCGGAGUUCCGCGUCCGGGGGGUCAAGACAAACAUCCCGUUCCUCCAGAACGUGCUGAGUAAUAAUCAGUUCCUGAACGGGACGGUAGAUACUCAGUUCAUCGAUGAGAAUCAAGAUCUUUUCAACCUCAAACCAGUGCAGAACCGAGCCCAGAAACUGCUUCACUACCUUGGGCAUGUUAUGGUGAACGGCCCGACUACUCCGAUACCUGUCAAGGCUAAGCCUUCUCCCAUCGAUCCGGUCAUCCCACCAGUACCCCUCGGUGAGCCACCAGUGGGUUUCAGGGAUGUGCUGCUGAGAGAGGGUCCAGAUGGUUUUGCGAAGGCGGUACGUGCCCACCAGGGUCUGCUGCUUAUGGACACUACGUUCAGAGACGCCCACCAGUCCCUCCUGGCCACUCGUGUACGCACUCACGACCUCAAACGGAUUGCGCCUUUUGUGGCUCACAGCUUCAGCAACCUCUUCAGUGUGGAAAACUGGGGAGGCGCUACGUUUGAUGUAGCAAUGCGUUUUCUAUGUGAGUGUCCCUGGAAAAGACUGCAAGAGUUGAGGGCUCUGAUGCCAAAUGUGCCUUUUCAGAUGCUUCUGAGAGGUGCCAACGCCGUUGGAUACACCAACUACCCUGACAAUGCCGUCUUCAAGUUCUGUGAGGUGGCUAAAGAAAACGGUAUGGACAUCUUCCGUGUGUUUGACUCGUUGAACUAUCUUCCAAACAUGCUCCUGGGGAUGGAGGCAGCAGGUGCAGCAGGAGGAGUGGUGGAGGCGGCCAUCUCUUACACUGGCGAUGUUUCCGAUCCCACAAGGCAGAAAUAUUCUUUAGACUACUAUCUCAAACUAGCAGAUGAGCUGGUCAAGGCUGGAACGCACAUCCUCUGUAUCAAGGACAUGGCGGGUCUCCUAAAGCCUGACUCUGGGAAUUUGCUGGUGAGCGCGUUGAGGGACCGUUUCCCAGACGUGCCGAUCCAUGUGCACACUCACGACACCGCAGGGGCUGGAGUGGCUGCCAUGCUGGCGUGUGCAGAGGCUGGAGCAGACAUUGUGGAUGUGGCGGUUGACUCCAUGGCAGGAAUGACGUCCCAGCCUAGCAUGGGCGCCAUUGUGGCAUGUGCCAAAGGCACCAAACUCAAUACUGGCAUCUCUCUCGAGAAGGUCUUUGACUACAGUGAGUAUUGGGAGGUAACCCGAGGCCUUUACGCUCCGUUUGACUGCACUGCCACCAUGAAGUCUGGGAAUGCUGACGUCUACGAGAACGAGAUCCCAGGUGGCCAGUACACCAAUCUCCACUUUCAAGCACACAGUAUGGGGCUGGGGAACAAGUUUAAGGAGGUGAAGAAAGCCUACACAGAAGCCAACAAGCUGCUCGGUGACCUCAUCAAAGUGACACCCUCCUCUAAGAUUGUGGGCGAUCUGGCGCAGUUCAUGGUGCAGAAUUCUCUGACUCGAGCAGAGGUGGAGGAGAGAGCAGAUGAGUUGUCUUUCCCCCUUUCCGUGGUGGAGUUCCUGCAAGGACACAUCGGCAUCCCCCAUGGAGGCUUCCCGGAGCCCUUCAGAUCAAAGGUUUUGAAGUCUCUUCCCCGUGUGGAAGGACGUCCUGGAGCUUCUCUGUCGCCCAUGGAUUUCCAGGCCUUGGAGAAGCAGCUGCGAGACGCUCACGGUGAUGAAAUCACUCCGGAGGAUGUGAUGUCUGCAGCCAUGUACCCGAAAGUGUUCCAGGAGUUCAAAGAAUUCACCAGAACCUUUGGGCCUGUGGAUUGUUUGGACACUAGACUCUUCCUGGAUGGACCCAAGAUCGCUGAAGAGUUCGAGGUGGAGCUGGAGCGAGGAAAGACGCUUCAUAUCAAGGCUCUGGCUCUUGGGGACCUCAAUAAAGCCGGUCAGAGAGAGGUGUUUUUCGAGCUCAAUGGUCAGCUGAGAUCUGUCCUGGUCAAAGACACCGUUGCCAUGAAGGAGAUGCAUUUCCACCCUAAAGCCCUGAAGGACGUUCGUGGACAGAUUGGCGCUCCCAUGCCUGGUAAGGUGGUGGAGGUGAAAGUGAAGCAGGGCCAGCAGGUGGAGAAAGGACAACCGCUCUGCGUCCUCAGCGCCAUGAAGAUGGAGACAGUGGUGAACUCGCCGCUCUCCGGCACCGUGGCCAAGAUCUAUGUGACCGCCGACAGCACUCUGGAAGGAGAUGAUCUUAUUCUGGAGAUCACCGAAUAGAUAUCAUGAAGGCCAACAGCAGGGAACAUAACACAUCACCACUGCCAAUCCCUGCAAGGCUAAACACACACACACUCACUCGGUUACAUAUGGAGUACUUUCAGAAGCAGCAUGCAUUAAAGGAGGAAGGUUUUUACAGAAUCUGGGAUAAAGGAUGAAUCUGAAAACAUUUUUACUUUUGAGCUUGAAUUCUUUGACUUUAUGGUCAUAUGUGCUUUUAUGAUCCUCAAUCACUUUUAAAAUCAGACGUGAUGAGGAUAUGAGCUAGUGUCAUGCUGUAGACAGAGAAAUGUUUGUCAGUCUUUAAUAUUAUUGAAUGUAGUAAAAACUAAAAGAUUUACAUUUAAAAUAUAAGCAAUAAAUUAAUGACAGAAAGAGACUUAAUUAGAUGCAUUCCUAAUCACAUGAAAUAUUGCGCACAGAUGUUUCGUAACUUUGAUCGUGAUCGUUUACAUAAACUCAAAGCACUAUAUCUGAAAAGAAAUAAAAGAAAUAAUGCACAAUUCUUCCCUUACAUAUAAAAGUCUUAUGGCACAGAGUAGCUUACUUGAAUUACCAAGCGAAAUUCAAUUUAUUUCAAGACAAAUAGCCAUGUCACUCAUACCCAGUGUUCUGACCAAUGGCCCAGAAUGCUUUGUUACCGGGAAAAUAAGUGCAAGAAUGGAACCGACCUCGUCUCCAGAGUCUUGCGCUUGAGUUGUGUAUCAUGUGAAGGUGGAGAAUAGUUACCCAGGUGGUUUGGGCUGAAGUGAGCUCCAUUGAGGCCAACGAGGAUCGAUGACUCUAUAUUCAAGAGCACUUAUAGACUCCGCAGCUUUGGGGCACAUUGAGUUGGAACACAGGCUUAAGGGGAACGUCCUUUUCCCAGGGCGCAUCUCGUGCUUGUGUUCCAAUUCCUCUCUUAAUGUGAAUUUAUUUCACUGUCCUGUUACAUUCCCCUUAGCAGCAGAAGCCUCACGGCUGCUGUAGUGAUGGCUUUAUUCUCCAGCUUUGUCUAAUUUCCCUUGUUGAACACGAUUGAUAUAAUUCGUAACAGAUAAUGAGAGGUUUUAUUCAAUGGCAUUCUAGUAAUUGAAAGCACUCAGCCUGAAAUCUAUGAGACGCACGACUGUUGCGGCAAAAGAGGUCCACUGGGGUGCGUCUAAAAUGGUUUUAACAGUCUUGACUCUAAGUAGACCAAUUCUUCAUGAGGACCAAUAGCCUGCAACGUUGGAUAUAUUCUCAUCAUUUGUCGUAAAAUCCCAAGGUGGAGACUACUAGAGCAUGUCGUUUUAACCGUGUUAAUCGUACAGGCCCAUAAAUGUUAUAAUCGUAAAUUCAAAUAGAUGUUGCCAUUAAAAUGGAGCUAAUGUUGUUUAGAUGUAGAUUUUAGGGCAUAAGCGUCCGUCUCAUCACCACAGUCAUUUUUGAGAUUGUUCCUCUGUGUUAUUUGACAAAUACGUCGCAGUUUACACGAGCAUAGCACAAAGGGGUUUAUCAGACUUGGGGAUUUGUUGGGAGAGGGAAGCUUCCUGUUGGCUUUUGGACUUUUCAAUAUGGGCCACUGGCAAAAUCUCUGGAGAACCGUUCGAUGUUAUCAGCUCUGACAGCGCAGACCCUCUCUUGCGAUUCCGUGAGAGUUUUUGAGUCGAGAAGUGGUUGACGCUUGGCUUUGUUUCAUGCCGCCAAUACAACAAUGCAGUAUUUAUCAAAGUUGUUGUUGUUGUUAAAUGGGUCAUGCGGCUUAAUAUAGCAUCGUACAUUGCUGAUGCAUAGGUACUUGGCACAUUCAAACUGUUGAAUUUUUACAGGGUAAAUAUUUCUGUGCAUAGAUGAUGUCAUUGUGUUUGAAAUUGGGAAUGUUUUGAAGGGAAUUGGAACUAAUCUGUGUGACAUUUCAGAUCUGAUGCCUUUAAUAGCAUUCGUUAUCUUUCCAUUUGAAUGUCUGUUUUUCUGUGAAGUUCAUCUCUUUCAAUCUGUUUUGAUAAUGAGAAAUAUAACAUAUGCAAAUACUAAUGCACCAUACCCUUGUAUGUGUUCUUUUAGCAUUGAAAAUGUUGGAGAGAAAAAAAUUAAUAAAAAAAAACAAUUAUAUAUAUAUAUUAUAUAUAUAUAAAUAAAUAAAAGGAGGAUAACGGACUGUC